CCUCAUGAGUGUUGCUGACACUGACAGUGAGGUGUUAUCAUCCGAGUGCCAUGAGAAACUUGUCGCCCGUCGGGCAAUGUUUAGCUUCGCUUCCAGGAUUUCAGCCCCGCAAACACUCAUCGACCUGAAGGAUGUUGUGACGGGGUCUCCGGUGAAAAGCAUGUUCGUUUUCAUCGUCACCUGUUCCGCCGCAGUCGUUUUCGUGGGCGGACUGGUUUUCGGGCGCGCGACUCGACACAUGCGCUACAUGAAGAACAAAUGAGCGGCAAAAGCGAAAUUUUAAGGCCCUCAUCACGAAGACUCGUCUCAAUUCAUCUUCGCCUACACCACGUCUUCCUUGGUUCCCAGGGUUUCAACACAGGGGUUCAACCCAAGUGCAUGUGCCUCAGGAAGUCCCAGCACCAAAGUUUCCCCGCGAAAAUGCAAUAUGAAUUGAGCGUUCCGUCUUCGAUGCGUGCGCGGUGCCAACGGAAUCUAUUCAACGGCGUUCGCGCAAGGAAAAGCAUUUAAAAUAAUACUUACUGUUUCGAAUUCUGAAUUUGGCCCUUAAAAUAAAUCUCUCGUCGACGAUUUGAAAUGUGAUCGAAUCAGAACAAAUCCUGAGGAAUGGUUCUUCCGCUCGAAAAAAAAAAUACUGACAGUCAGGUAUUUAUUUGAGCAUCAGCGAUGAUCCGGUAACUAAAUAAGCUCGAUUCGAUCAUUAUCCAAAUUUUUACUUUAUGAAUAUGUACUUAUUUUUCUCUUGAGACAUGGUAAUGCUCAGUCUUCCGAUGUUUCAACUCCGUCGAGUCGCACUUGCGUUGGUUUCCGCGUCGAUUUAACUAAAUAACUUCGUGAGUGAACCUCGGAUUAAUUCCUUGGACGGCAGAUAAUGAUGAUUCUUUGUUCCCCCCCGACACAGAACGAAUACUGUAAUCGGCAACCAGAGUUGCGCAAGACAAUCAUCGAAUCACGCGCAUAGCUCGUCGACCUCGACUAGGUCGCCGUCUUAAUCCUUCCGGAUCUUGAGAGAUUAACGAGUCAGUGCCGCUCUGUUUCGCGGUCCGGGAUUAAUUGGGGCACAUUUCUUGUCCAGUGAUGAAGGAAUCAUCUUGAGCCUGACGUUGAUAAAAGAGGAGACUUCUGAGAUGCGGUCGCCAUCAGGACAAAUCUGCGCGUUCAAGAAGGAGCUUCUUUAUAAAGUCAAAGAAAAGCAGUGAAAGUUAACAACUACGGAAGCACUGAGCGGUAUCCGCAUAAAAUUAUGUGUUUGGGGAUGAGAUCUUAUUAAUUUUGACUUAUUUUGUUCAUGAGGAUACCAAGUUCAGAUAAAUGUGGAUACAGUAAACUGACUUGAAAACCCCUCGUAUUCGUGGGCUGUUAUGAAACUGUGUUGACACAGGUGCACUUCUGCUCUUGACAUCUGUGUGUAAAAUGCUGAUGUGUACUUCCGCUGUUUCUGGACGCGCUCAACUGUUUGCUCACUUGCUCACGUUUUGCGAUAUUGACAACAUGUAGAAUUUGUAGCUGCGCGUGUUUUUUUUUUUGUUUUUUUUGGUGUCAGGAGGGGAAUGAGCCGCGGAAAGUGGCGGCACACUUUGUUUUUAUUUGGUAGCAAAUGACUAUUGCAGUGAUCAGUGAUGAACAUCAGUUGGCGCUUUCCGCGCAUUAUUGUUGCAAGUUUUAUCCUGAGUCCACGCAUGUCUUUGUUGACGAAACUGUACCCUUGUUGUUGAGGGAGCACAAAUUAUUUUUUUUUCAGGACUACGGAAAUACAUUCAGCCUUCAAAUGGA